GGAGGGCGCAGCGGGGGCCGCCGCGGCCGCAGCGUGGCGGGGAUGGAGCCGUGGAAGCAGUGCGGGCAGUGGCUGAUCAGCUGCAAGGUGCUGCCGCCCAACCACCGGGUCACCUGGGAGACGGCCCAGGUCUUCGACCUGGCGCAGACGCUGCGCGAUGGCGUGCUGCUGUGCCAGCUGCUCAACAACCUGCGCAGCCACUCCAUCAACCUCAAGGAGAUCAACUUGCGCCCGCAGAUGUCUCAGUUUCUCUGCUUGAAGAACAUAAGGACUUUUCUUUCGGCAUGUUGUGAAAUAUUUGGGAUGAAGAAAAGUGAACUUUUUGAAGCAUUCGAUUUGUUUGAUGUGAGAGACUUCGGAAAGGUGAUUGAAACACUCUCAAAACUUUCCCGCACUCCUAUUGCAAUAGGCACAGGAAUAAGGCCCUUCCCCACAGAAGAAAGUGUUGAUGAUGAAGAUGUCUACAAAUGUCUUCCUGAUUUGAUAGAUGAAACUGGUGUUGAUGAAGAUGAGGAGCUGUAUGAUUGUGUCUAUGGAGAAGAUGAAGGUGGGGAGGUUUAUGAAGACCUAAUGAAAGAUGAAGCAGCACAGCAACCUAAACAUACUGAAAAUGAUGUAAGAAGUUGUUGUCUUGCUGAAAUAAAACAAACUGAAGAGAAAUACACUGAAACUCUGGAAUCAAUAGAGAAAUUUUUUAUGGUGCCAUUGAAAAGGUUUAUGUCAGCAUCAGAGUUUGAAACUGUUUUCAUCAACAUUCCUGACUUGGUGAAAAUUCACAGGAGUCUAACACAGGACAUCAGUGAUUCCAUUAUUAACAAAAACGAUCAGAACUUGUAUCAAAUUUUUAUUAACUACAAGGAGAGAUUGGUUAUUUAUGGACAGUACUGCAGCCAAGUGGAAACAGCCAUAUCGUGCUUAGACAACAUUUCUAAGACAAAAGAAGAUGUUAAGUUGAAAUUAGAGGAAUGUUCCAAGAGGGCCAAUAAUGGGAAAUUUACUUUGCGGGAUCUUUUAGUGGUUCCAAUGCAAAGAGUGCUAAAAUACCACCUACUGCUCCAGGAGCUGGUAAAGCACACUACAGAUCCCAUGGAGAAAGCAAAUCUAAAACUGGCACUUGAUGCAAUGAAGGACUUGGCUCAGUAUGUAAAUGAAGUGAAGAGAGAUAAUGAAACACUCCGUGAAAUUAGACAAUUUCAACUAUCAAUAGAGAAUUUGAACCAUUCUCUCUUACAGUAUGGAAGACCUCAGGGUGAUGGGGAGAUAAGAAUAACUACGUUAGACAAACGUGCAAGGCAAGACAGGCAUAUCUUUUUGUUUGAUCUGGCUGUAAUUGUUUGCAAGCGGAGAGGUGAUAAUUACGAAAUGAAGGAAAUAAUAGAUCUUCAGAAAUACAAAAUUACUAAUAACCCCACUACUGAUAAAGAAAAUAAGAAGUGGUCUUAUGGCUUCUACCUCAUUCAUAUCCAAGGUCAAAAUGGUUUAGAAGUUUAUUGCAAAACUAAAGAUUUGAAGAAAAAAUGGCUUGAACAAUUUCAGAUGGCUCUGUCAAAUAUACGGCCAGAUUAUGCGGACACAAGCUUUCAUGAGUUCAAAAUGCAUACUUUCAGUCGUGUGACGUCCUGCAAAGUCUGUCAAAUGCUUCUUAGGGGAACAUUUUAUCAAGGCUAUUUAUGCUCUAAGUGUGGAGCUGGAGCGCACAAAGAAUGUUUAGGAAGAUUAGACAAUUGUGGCAGAGCUAAUUCAGGUGAACACGGAAACCUGAAACACGAGAAACGAACAAAUGGGAUUAGAAGGAACUCCAGACACGUGGACCCAGGUUUACCAAGAAUGCAAGUAAUUCGAAAUUACAAAGGAAUACCACAACCAACGCCACAGGAUGGUCCACCUUUGCAUAUCCAGAUUGGGGACACUAUUGAACUGAUUACAGGCGAUGUUCAUAGCUUAUUUUGGCAGGGCAGAAAUUUAACGACAGGAGAACUUGGCUUCUUCCCAAGUGAUGCAGUGAAGCCCAGCCCUUGUGUUCCUAAACCAGUUGACUACUCGUCACAACUGUGGUUUGCAGGAGCAAUGGAAAGAUUGCAAGCAGAGAGUGAACUUAUUAACAGAGUAAAUAGCACUUAUCUGGUGCGACACAGGACUAAAGAGUCAGGAGAAUAUGCGAUUAGCAUUAAGUACAAUAACGAAGUGAAACAUAUCAAGAUUUUUACAAGAGAUGGCUACUUCCACAUUACAGAAAACAGAAAAUUUAUAAAUUUAAUGGAACUUGUAGAUUACUAUAAGCACCACUCUCUCAAAGAAGGCUUUCGAAGUCUGGAUACUACACUUCAAUUUCCGUACAAAGAAUCUGAAAACUCGGUGGGACAGAGGGGAAACAGAGCAGGUGGCAACUAUACUUCAACACUGGACCGAGAGAGUAUUGAAAUGCCUUUGCAGCUUGUCGGUCUCAUUGUCAGUGAGAAAACUUUCCAAUAUACUCUGGUGGGAGCUGAAGCUGACUACAGUUCCCUGUCUUGUCCUCCAGUUUGCAGAAAGGAAGGCUAAGUUAAGGAAAACUGUAUUUUUCUCAUUCACAAACGUGCCUUCAAUUAGCUUAGCUCAGAUUUCAGACUAUUUCCUUUUCACCUUCACAGCAUCUCCCUCUUAAUAUCCAAGGUAUUUUUUCAUGCUUCCUUGGUAGCUUUUUUUGCCUUUUUGCUUUAAUUUCUCAUUCAUAUUCUCCUGUAGGACGCUUUCUUUCCAUUAAUUUCUGCAGCUAAUUCCAUUCUGUCCUUCAUUAUUCUCCCUGUAGCCAUCAUUUUUCUCUGCUUCACACUGUGUGUUUUUUUCCCUUUGUUCUGUACAAAUGUCCUUUCCACAUGCCUUCUUCUUUCAAGAUUCAUUUAGCUAAGAACAGCUUGGUUUGAGAUUUCAGGGCUGACAAUCUCUAUACAAUUUUUUUUACUGUCACCAGAAAAUAGGGUUAAUAUUUUUUCCAAAAAUAGCACCAGAUAGUUUUCCUGUAUUCCUUGACUCAUCUGGCAUACUUUUUUUAUAUUUCUCACCAUCAGCAAAUUUUAUAUUAAAUUAAAGGUGUAGAAUUUGAAAUUAGUCAAGAAUUUACUACUUUCUGCCACAAGAUUUUGGUGAUUGAUGCUUUAUGCGUUUUUUUUUUUUGCUUCUAUCUACUUUUCCCAGUUGACUUCACAACUUGGAAAACAAUUGGAAGUCCUGCUCCUUAUUCCUCAAAUUUGUCCUUUUUCCUCACUUUUUCUGCCAUAAUUUUGCCUCAGUAUUUUCUGCCUUAUUCUUCUGUUUGUUUCUUCCCUUCCUAAUUCUCUCCUUCCUUGUUUUCCCAAAUUCAUUCAUCUUUGCCUCGUAUUGUUGUCUUUCUUUCCUCUUUGCCUACUUUUUAGAAUCUAUAGUCAUACCAAGCUCCCCAGAAUCACUCCCUGCAAUGCUUCUCCACAUCUGCCCGUGGUGUUGCUGCACAUUUAUAAAUGGUUACUGACUCUACAAUCAAUAACUGCUUUCUUUUUUCUCCCUCUGAAAUGAUUUCUGCCUAGGCUGUGGUUUUCUUUUCCUGCAAAAUUGAUUACUGAAAUCCUGAUAAGGUAUAGGACAUAAUAUUGCUGUCAGACUCUAAACAGGUAGUGACUACAGAUGACUUGCUUACAGGGGAAAAAGUAAUACAUGGCCUAGAUUUUUACAACGUAUUCAAAUUGUAAACACAAGCAAUAACUUGAGAUGCUAAUUAUUUUUUUAUUGCAUCUUGUUUAUUCUGUAUCAAGCAUCUGAUAAGCAUAUUCCAAAUAUGCAGUCUGAAAUGUUGGACUAAAUUUUAAUGAUAUGGUAUAAAAGAAGGUGUAAUCUAUUCCUAUAUUGGUCUUCAAGCAUAUUGUUUUUUGUGAUAUAUUUAAUAAUAAUUUAAAUACAGCAUUUAUUAUUAUAGAGGGAUCAGGAAGAAUCCUAAGUAGAAGCAGUUAUGAAAGUGUCAUGAUGUUGUAUGUUCUGUGUUUCUGAUUUAAAAUAAAGGCAGUUUGCUAUGAACAUUUAGUAUUACUCUGUCAAAAACACUGCAAAAACGAGUAACUAAGUGGUGUUUCUGGGGUGAAAAAAGGUGGUUUUAUUUACUGUGUAUGAUGUUGCCCCUCAUGAGUACUUGAUGAAUUAUUUUCGGAAAGAAGCUGGCUUGCGCUUAUAAAUAAAUUCUACCUAAAAAGAUUUACAAUAGAAAACGAUUGCGAAAGAAAAUAGCCUGUAUUUAGAACAAACAAAUAUAUAAUGCUUUGGCCAAAUAUUCAAACUUCAAAAUGCAAGAGGAGUAGAUUUUUUUUCUGAACGGAAGGGCCUUCAUCAAGAAGUGAAGCCAUGCCCAGUUAGUCUCACUGGAAGAAGUUUUUUUCUUAAAUAAAGACAUAUAACUUUGUAGUGUAGUAAAGAUUUAAGAGAGAUGAAGUUGUUUCUCACAUGAGACUUUUUCUACAUUUGUUACUUCAAAAAUAUUCUGUUACUCUUUCUGUGCCUGAAAAUAUCUGUGCUUGACAUUGGCAAAAUUCUUAGAUUCUGAUGCAGGUUACAUUGUUUUAGUAUGAAUUUCACUGAAAUCCAGAAAAAAAUUAGCAGGCAUUUUUUCCUUUGUUGAAGGACUUCUAGAACAGCUUCAUUAGUGAUUUUGCAAAGUGAAGUCCUAAAAGGUGUUAUUGCAUCAAGCAGUGCUUGUGCAAAUUGUUAACAAAUGAUCUAUACAAAUUUGCAGCAGAAAAUCUCAUUUUUUGCCUAUGCUGAUGUUAGCUUCUGACUUGAUGUACAUUAAUAUUUAACCUGGGAGUUGUUUCUUGAAAGAACAGAACCUUAUUCUGUUUGUUGUGCUUCAUUAGAGGUGUAAACAUAAAUCACCUGUGAAUGUUAAUAAUUCUUUUGGAAAGAAACUAGUGACCUGUAAAUUAUGUUGAUGCUUGAAACUGGCAGUAAGUUCUGUUAUGAAGCACAAAAAAUACAGUAGUUUCAAAUGUAUUCAGCAAUUUUGGGAGUGAAGGUUAGGUUUUUGUAGUUUGUCUAAUUUGAUAUUUCUUUCUAAAAAUAAGACUAUGAUGAAUCACAAUCUCUGCAACUUUUCACUACUCACCUACAAUUAAAUGUGGAGAUGCUUUCACAUUUGUGCGAAGUUGAUGCCAGUGUAUUUUGUUAUGAAAUCAUAUUACAUUUUACAGUAAUGUUGUCUACCUUUUGUUCCUGUUAAGUAAUAAACUCUAAUAUCAACUUCUGUUUCAUUUCAGUGCUAAGUCCAAAGGUGAUAGGCAUUGCCAUUGCAAGGUAUGACUUCUGUGCAAGAGACAUGAGAGAACUGUCCUUACUGAAAGGUGACGUUG